GCCCGCGACCACUAUUUGGCCCCCAUCGAGGCCGACUUCGAGCUGCUGUCCGUCACGCUGGCCGCAAUUGACAAGCACAGUUUGCGGCAGUCGCGCUUCCUGCUGCAGCAGCAGCUGGGCACGCUCUCCGCGGCCAAGACGGUCAAGUCUGCGCAGGUCGCGUCUUUCGAGGCCUGCAAGCGGCUCCAGGAAGCCAAGUUGGACUACGGGAAGAAGCAGAAGCUGGCUGCCGAGGCGCCCCAGGCUUCCUACCUGCAGAUGAAGAAGGUCGCGCAGCUACAGAUCGAGCUGGACUUCGCCGUCUCCAAGGCGAAGGCCGCGCUCGUCAACGACGCCGCGCCCAAGCCUGCUGCUACGCCAGCGUGCGACGUCGGCGAACUCAUCAGCCACGCGAAGAAGCUCGAGGGUGUCGUGGGAGCUUCCGUGGAGAGCCAGAACCUCCAGCUCAGCGAGGGCAUCGACGUGGACCUCGAAAGAAAUUCGCUGGAGAUCGCCACGGGUGACUUUCAAGGCCGCUGCCUCCGACUUAAGAGGAAGUUCGUCGAGGAGUUCCAGGCCCACCUCAAGCAGAAGCACGAGGCCGCGGUCGAGGCCAGGAAGCCUCGGUGGGGCAGCCGCAUCCAGUCCUGGAGCAUCGCGUCGCUUAAUAUGAACUCGUAG